CAGUAUAUAAAGCAGGACAACGACGGAAGAAGGACGGCUGGGGAGUCGCAGCCCGGGAUUGUAAAUAAGACCGUAUAAACUGUGUUUUAUUUACAAAAGUAAUGCCGGCUGUUUUAGAAUACCGUUCCCAGUUGUUUUAAGUCGUUUUUCGUAAUUUUUGGCUCUAUUUCUCGCCUAUUUCCGUGUGGUUUUACACUACGCGUAUAAUGGCGAGCUCGGCAAACUCGAACCCAGUGCCUAAACUUUAUAGGUCUGUGAUAGAGGAUGUGAUCAGCGAGGUGCGAGAGCUGUUCCUGGACGAAGGAGUGGAUGAGCAAGUGCUUUUGGAACUGAAAACGCUAUGGGAAAACAAACUGUUGCAGUCGAAGGCAGUGGAGGGCUUCCAUACAGAAGAGCAGGCAGCCCUGCAGGCCGCUCAGCAGCAGCAGCAGCAGCAGCAGCAGCAACAACAACAACAACAACAACAGCAGCAGCAGCACGUUCAGCAGAUCCAACAGGUCCAGCAGGUCACCCAGCCAGCACAGACCCAGCAAGUCCUCCUGCCUCCUCAGCAGCAGCAAGCUCCCCAGCAGCAAGUCAUUGUUCAGGAUUCAAAGAUUCUACAGCACAUGAGUGCAACAGGGAUGAGUGCAGCAGCUACUGCAGCAACCCUCGCUCUGCCCACAGGGGUCACCCCAUACCAACAGCUCAUCACCAGCCAAGGUCAGAUUCUGCAGGUGGUGCGUGCUCCCAAUGGGGCUCAGUACAUCAUCCAGCAGCCUCAGCAGCAGAUCCUCCUGCAGCAGCAGAUGCAGCCUGGUGGCGUACAGGCUCCGGUCAUACAGCAGGUACGCCCCAUUACACAGGUUCUGGCUCCUAUGCAGGGAGGCCUGCCACAGCAAACAGGAGUCAUCAUCCAGCCGCAGCAGAUUGUGUUAGCUUCAGGAAAACAAGUCCAAAGCAAUGCACAGGUGAUGCAGGCAGCAGGUAUGGCGCAGCAGCCUGGUCAGGCAGCUUUAGUGCAGCAGCUUCAGCAGGCCCAGGGUGCAGCUGCACCACAGGCCCAAGCUCUGCCCCAGGCCCAGCAGCAAGCUCAGGCUCAACAGCAGCCGCAGACCCAGCAGGCUCCCAUGAUGCUGCAGGUGGACGGUGCCGGAGACACCUCCUCGGAAGAGGACGAGGAUGAGGAAGAGGAGUACGACGAAGAUGACGAGGAGGAGAAGGACAAGGACGGGGGCGAGGACGGGCAGGUUGAAGAGGAGCCACUGAACAGCGGGGAUGAUGUCAGUGAUGAGGAGGACCAGGAGCUGUUUGAUACAGAGAAUGUAGUGGUGUGCCAGUAUGACAAGAUUCACAGAAGUAAGAACAAAUGGAAAUUCCACCUGAAGGACGGGAUUAUGAAUCUAAACGGGAGAGACUAUGUCUUCUCCAAAGCCAUUGGUGAUGCUGAAUGGUGAAGAAGAAAAAAAAAAAACAGCUACAGCAGGAGCAGGAACUCUGUAACUCCCUUCGAUCCAGUCAACAGACACUUCAAUAUCCUUCCAUAUCCUGUGACUGGACUCAUUUCAGGAAAUCUUUUUUCUGAGACUUUGAGAACUCUGGUAAACCCAAAGGACUGUGAGGUACAGUCAAAAUCUGGGUGUCAUCAAAAACACUCCACUAGCCUUGCAGGAUGAGAAACCUACGGGGGGGGGGGGGGGGAGUCCUGUGAGCAGAGCGUUCUUGUGAUCUUUUUUUUUUUUUUUUCCCAGGCUUCUCUUACCUUUUUUCCCCCUGAGAAUUCACUUUUGGAAAGUAAGCAUUUCACAUCGUACAGGUGUAGUGGACCAGGGUGACCUGACCUGCUUCAGGAGGUCGGACGUCAUUCAUUUGAACCCUGUAGAUGAGUAACACCUUCACGAUGCACUGUAGUUGCUUGACUGGAUUGACAUGCGUCUACAUUUAAGCCCAAAAGUAGUGCCCACCAGUCGAGAUCGCUGCCUUUAGAAUGGCCUGAAUCACCUUUUUGGCUUCUCAAUUUUUCGUUCUUGGAUCAUCAUUCUGUCACGAUUCAUGUUCAUGACAUCGGUGCUCCAGAAUGUUUUAUGUAGUUAACGACAUUGUCUUGUUUUAAACAUUUUUUUAAACGUGUUUGAUAUAGGGUUAAGACAAAGAAGGUAUCGUUACAUUUAUCCUAAAAAAUUACUAAUAGUUGUUUGAAGGCAUUUUUUUAAUCUUCUAAGGAGCGCUAAAUCCCCCAAAAAAUAAAUAUAUACUGAUAAUUUCCUCACCGGCUUCUCUGGAGCUUCAUUCCAUCUGAUUCCCAAAAUGUAACGAAAAAAAGGAAGAUCCAACUCAUUUAUGAAUUGUACAAAAUGUUUGAAAGUGUGUCCUGUUGGUGUAUCUUCUUCGCUCUUAUUUUAGUUCUCUGCAGCCGUCUGAAGAUUUGCACUGUCAGUUUAUCAAUGUAUUGUGAAUUCAGUCAGUUGCGUUGAUAGCCACAGCGUGCUCUGUUCUAAUUGUAUGAGUGUGUGUGUGUGUGUGUGAGGGAUUGUUCAUGUAUGUAUGUUGAGGUGUGUUGUCACAGCUUUUUUUGUAUGUUUUAGUUUAAUUACUUGCACACCCCAUAAUCUCAAAAGUAGAGAUUUCAUUUUCUUUCUUUUUUUUUUGGGGGGGGGGGGGGGGGGUGAUUGGGGGGGGAAAGAUGAAGUCACCCCCUCCCCCCCUCUUUUUUUUUUUUUUAUUUAUACCUGAAAUUUAACGUCAUGUUUUCUUUCUUUUUUCGGAGAAGUGGGAAAGCCGCACCAAACUGUGCUCUUAUAAUCAAAUAAGUGUUCCUUUUCUUCUGUUGGCUGGACAAAGCUACUCUCUGCUGAGUUCCAAAUCAUUUCGUCCACCAUAUGUUCUCCUGUGCUUUCAUUUUAUUCAUAACUUUUAAAUGAAAAUAUUUUCUAUCCAAGUGAGUUGAACUCGGGGCCCCGUGUGUUUCUCUGCAGUUUGUUUUUAGUGCCCCUGUUGCAGCAAUUUGAAAUAAAGUCCGUGUUUUUUGA